AUGACGAUCUCCUACUCUGGCAACUUCUUUCGUCUACUUCUUCGAUGGAAAGGCUCUCUGUGGCGAUCUGUGUGGAGGGAAUUACUCGUCUAUCUCGCGCUUUUCUACGUUGUCAAGUUUUUCUACCUCGUUGGAAUCGACUAUCUCUCAGAGGACUCCACCGAUCGAGAAAUGUAUAGACGCAAGUUCGAAGCGUUGUGUCGUAUGUUCAAUGACUUCACUAAGCUGAUUCCUUUGACGUUCCUGCUGGGUUUCUAUGUCUCCAGUGUUGUCUCAAGGUGGUGGCGUCAAUUCGAAAGUCUGUCAUGGCCAGAAGACCUUCUGAGCAUGGUUUGCCUGAUUGUUCGUGAGAACGACGAGAAAAGUCAAAGAAGACGCCACGCGAUUGCCAGAUACGUCAAUUUGUCAUCAGCGCUUGUAUGGCGCGACGUUUCAAAGAAAAUUCGCCUUCGCUUCCCAACAGUACGAAGCCUUGUCGAAGCUGGUCUACUUACGGAAAAGGAGUUCGAUGUUUUGGAAAGUCUUGAGGAAGAUUGCGACACUGUCCGCUGGAUGGCUCCUCUUCACUGGAUCCAACAUUUGGUUACUAAAGAAGAAAAGGAAAACAAUCCCCCAACAGCCUUCAUCAACAACUUCAUGACUGAACUCAAAAUUUUUCGGCAAUCGUUGCGGAAGCUGUUCUGCUAUGAUUGGGUUUGCGUACCACUCGUUUACACCCAGGUA